UGUUACUAGGCGUAAGUUAAUAAAAGCACAAAAUGUUAACACUUGUGAAGUGAGUGUAAUGGAAACUAUUUAUGAAGAGUCAGAAGAUGACGACAACGAAGAGAAAGAAGGAAGUAAUGAUGAUGAUAAAGAAGAAGGACAAGAGGAAGCCAAGAGAUAUAAUAAAAAUAAAGAAGUUACGUAUAAUUAUAGUGAAAUAAAGAGGGAUGUCGAUUCUUUUACUAAAGCGCUUAGAAAUAUAGAAGAUACUCUUCUUACAUUUACAAGUACCGAUCAAUUUCCAUUAAAGAAAAAAGUUUCGGAUUAUGUUAUCAAUGAACUGUUAGACACUGAAAGGAAUUAUGUAAACCUGCUUUACCAGCUAAAAAUGAGUUUCGUGACACCACUAUAUAGAAUAAUGAGAACCGAGGAUCACCACAUUAUCUUUCAUAACAUUAAAGAGCUCUACGACAUCCAUUUAGCCUUUCUAAUAGCUUUGAAUAAAAAACCUUCAAACCUAAGCCGGGUUUUUCAACAGUUUAAAGAACAGUUUUUGAUCUAUGGUGAAUACUGUGCUAAUUUGAGCAAAGCCACUGCAGUACUGCAACAGCUACGCAAUCAAGAUGCGAUUUUAAAUCAAACUCUUAUAAAAUAUGAAAAAGAUGUUUGUGAUAGAGGCAAGUUUAAGUUGCAAGAUAUGCUUUUGGUACCUGUACAGCGAAUCCUAAAGUAUCAUUUGCUUUUGGAGAAGCUUGUAGAAAAUACUGAGGAGCACCACAAAGAUUAUUUGGCAUUAAAAGAAGCUUGGGAGGACAUGAAGGAUGUUGCUGCUUAUAUUAACGAGACCAAUAGGGAUUGUGAACAUUUUGACAUUCUAAAUCAUUUGCAAGGUUCCAUUACUGGAUGGGAUAAUAUGAAAAAAAGUUUGUCAGAAUAUGGUAAACUAAUAAAAGAUACUGAGUUGACAAUUAAGUUGUAUGACGAUCACAAAUAUCGUAAGAGGCACAUUUUCAUUUUUGAUAAAUGUAUCUUGAUAUGUAAGAUUAGGAAUCAUCAAUACAUAGCUCAAUAUAUCUUUAGCAUGUCGGAGUACCAUGUGGAGGAAAGCCCAUUAGUAACUGGCCGACCAUGGUGUGCCAACAAUUUUUUAUUAGUAAAAAACGAGGACAUAUUUCACACAGUUUACGUAAAAAAUAUUUAUUUAAAAAAUCAGAUUAUCGAUGCCAUCAAUGAAGCACAGGACAAUAUUCAACCCAAGGAUUUAUGUUUCACCUAUCACAAGUUUGUGAUGCAUAAGUUCCAGAAGCCAGCAACUUGCCUGCACUGUCGCAAAUACUUAAAAGGACUCAUACGUCAAGGCUAUUUGUGUCAAAUGUGUGAUAGUGCAGUGCAUAAGGAGUGUAUCCAGUUCAGUGGAAUGUGCAGCAAGUCUCUGGAACUUCCAGAAUGGGAUGAUUCCUUGAGAAACAGAUUGUGGUUUGUGGGAAAGAUGGACAGAAUGAUAGCUGAGAAUCACUUGGAGCAUAAGGAAGAUGGAACAUUUCUGGUUAGGAUUGACACUAUGAAAGAGCAUCUGUAUGUCAUCACUUUGAAAGCAGAUGGUCUGGUGGAACAUAUGCGAAUUUUAUUUAGAAGUAAUCAAUCUGGAGAUAGCAAGGAAUAUUAUUUAUCUACAGCAAGGUUUUUUAGCAAUAUAGAGGAAAUGAUUGGGUAUAGUGAGUGAUAAUAGUUUAUUAGAAAACUUUUCUUAUUUUAAUCAAAAAUUAGUUUAUCCAUAUCUAGCCUGAGGGGAAAUAAAGAUAUUUAUUUUUUAAUGUUAAAGAAGAGGAAAGGUUUUAUAACUGAGAAAAGUAGUAGUUCAAAGGAAUAUGGUGUUAGGAUGGUGAAAUCCAGAAAACGUUCUAUUAAUUUUUUUGUGUUUUUAUUACAUAAUAUGUACAAAACUCAAUAAACCUUACGAAUGGUUAGUGUUUUCUUUACAAGCUGAUUUAAAUCUGGUAUCCACUUGGUUUAGUAAAAAUUUUCUGUUAUUUUUUAUACAUUCGUGGAAUUUUAUGAAUAUUGUGUAUUUUUUGGUAAAGUAUUUAGCUAUUAAUUUUUUAAAGUUAGGCAAAUCAAUAUUCUUAUCACUAAAGAACAAUUCUUCCAACAAAUUCUCAAAACCUGUCAUAAUCGGGUAUUUUUAUUUUAUAUAAAUUGGGAUGUUGUUGCUAGUGAUGUCAGUAAGUUUAGGAAUAAAAUACAUUUAAAUUUGAUUUUUUGAUUCAACUGUCUGGGUUAUUAGAUCCGUCUGAAAUGAUGCCGAUAAGCCACUUUAUGUUCCUCAGCAAAAAAUUGAGAAAAAAACUACAUUUCUCCAUUAAAAGUGAAAAUAAAAAUCGUACCAACCAACUUAACGUUGUUUACAUGAUUAAAAUAUGGCUUCUGACUUAAAAGGCAAUCAAUUACCCCGAACGGUUUUGCCUUUGAUGUCCGCCCUCGUUGACAGAGAAAAAAUCGCUCUCGUUUCGAUUUUUGUUUGCUCAUUAAUAUUUUUAAAAAAUGUAAAAAAGUCCGGGCAUAUUUUGCAGUCGAAACAGCGACGAUAUUUACAGGAUUUUUUUAUUUUAAUUUUUUUUGUGUAUAUUUUUGCCGGUGAUUAACUAUGUUGGCAUUAGUUAGGAAAAAGGUUAAAAUCCCAAUAAAAAAGUACAUGUCCUGCAGUUCAUUUUUAUCGUGUUAAAAAUGGAAAAAUAAUUUUUUUUUGCUUAAUUUUUAUUAAUAUUUUUUUCAUUUAAUAAUAAUAAAAUAAAAUGUCUGUGAAAUGCUACAAUAUGAAGAAAAAUUAUCUUACAUUAAUCAUCAUUAGAUGUCCGAACUU